AGCUUCGAGGUUUUCUAGGAGGUAUUCAGUUGGAGCUGUUUGGUUGCUGAGAAACUAAGCUGAAACUGCUACAUUUUUCGUUGAUUUGUGUCUGAUUCUGUUGGAAAGGAUUGGGGUGGUGUUUGGUGUUUGAGACUGGAUUCCCUGUUUCAUGGUGAUGGCACCAAAGCAACCUAAUACUGGCCUUUUUGUGGGCUUAAACAAAGGACAUGUUGUCACCAAAAAGGAAUUGGCUCCCUGCCCUUCUGAUAGAAAGGGGAAAACCAGCAAGAGAGUCCACUUUGUGAAGAGCCUAAUUAGGGAGGUUGCCGGUUUUGCUCCUUAUGAGAAGAGGAUUACUGAACUUCUCAAGGUUGGAAAAGAUAAGCGUGCCUUGAAGGUGGCAAAGAGAAAGUUAGGCACUCAUAAGAGGGCCAAGAGGAAGCGUGAGGAGAUGUCCAGUGUUCUACGCAAGAUGAGGUCAGCUGGAGGUGCAGAGAAGAAGAAGUGAGUUGGAUUAUGGUCGUACUUCAUAGACAGUUCAACUUUUUGACGUGUCAAUUUUUCUUCUGUGUCUUGUUUUGAGAGUUUUGACUUGCUUAUAGAGCUCAAAAUUUUGUAGUAUUGCCUCCAAAUUUUGAGAAUUGUUGUGUUACAGUUGGUUAAAAUUGGUGCUAUAUCAAUUUCUUUGAAUUUUUUAAUCUGCAAUUGGUUCACUGGAUCAUGAGAA